UUGGUUUGUCAGUUGCUUACAUUCUUUAGAGACAGAGAGAUAAUCUACAAAUUUCUUCUUCUAUAUGGGGUGCUUUCUAUUGUCAUAUGUUAUGUUUCAUUUGUUGUUUCUUUAUCUUCCUUCCUCCACUUGCUCUUUGUGUAAUCACCAUGACAAUUCUGCCUUGUUACAAUUUAAACAUUCAAUUGUUGUCAACACUUCUCAUUAUUAUUCAUGGCUUGAUGUUUGUUCCUCUUCUUCUCCCAAGAUAGAAUCUUGGAGAAACGGAACAGAUUGCUGUCAGUGGGAAGGGGUCACGUGUGACACCAAGUCAGGUCAUGUGAUUAGUCUCGACCUUAGUUGCAGUCACAUUCAAGGUAAAUUUCAUCCCAAUAACACUAUCUUUAGGCUAAGACACCUUCAAAAUCUCAAUCUUGCUUACAAUGAUUUUUCUGGGUCCUUAAUAUUUCCUGGAAUUGGUGAUCUUGUGAAUCUCAUGCAUCUAAAUUUAUCAUUCUCUGUAAUUAAUGGUGAUAUUCCCUCCACAAUGUCUCACUUGUCAAAAUUAGUGUCACUUGAUCUUAGUAGCGACUGGGGAUCAGUUGAUGAUCCCAUGCCUAACUACAUAACGAGAUUUGAUCCUUACACAUGGAAUAAGCUCAUUCAAAACGCCACUAAUUUAAGAGAGAUUCGUUUAGAUGGUGUGGACAUGUCUUCUAUCACAGAGAGUUCUUUGUCAUUGCUAGUCAAUUUAUCAUCCUCUUUGGUGUUUCUUAGUCUUGGAAGCACUAAAUUGCAAGGGAUUUUCUCAAGUGACAUCCUUUGUUUACCCAAUCUUCAAAGAAUAGAUUUGUCAUAUAAUAAAUGGCUCACGGGUGAACUUCCAAAAUCUAACUUGAGCAAUCUUCUAAGUUACUUGGAUCUCUCUUACACUGCUUUCUCGGGACAAAUUUCUAAUUCCAUAGGGAAUUUGAAGUCUCUUAGCCAUCUAGAUCUUGGGAAAUGCACAUUUGAGGGAUUGAUUCCGUCAUCAUUGUUUCAUUUAACUCAACUUUCUCUUUUAGAUUUAUCAGAUAAUGAGUUAGUUGGCCCGAUUCCAAGUAAAAUCACUAGUCUUUCAAAAUUACAUACUCUUGCUUUGGCUGGUAACAAGUUGAAUGGAACAAUUCCACGUUGGUUUUACUCUCUUCCUUCCUUGUCAUAUUUGAAUCUUUAUGGCAACCAACUUAGAGGGUCAAUUGCUGAAUUCUCAACUUAUUCUUUGGAAUAUUUGUAUCUCUCUGAUAACAAACUCCAAGGUGAUUUUCCAAAUUCAAUAUUUGAACUCGAAAAUCUUGUUGAGUUGAGUAUGUCAUCAAAUAACUUGAGUGGUUUUGUGGACUCCCACCAAUUUUCAAAGUUUAAAAAUCUAAUUACUCUAGAUCUUUCUCAUAAUAGUUUUCUCUAUAUUAAUUUUGAUGGUAGUGUUGACAACAUCUUACCCAGUCUUAAAUACUUAUAUUUAUCUUCCACUAAUGUUAAUAGCUUUCCUAAACUCUUAGCCUCACUUCAAAAUCUGACUGUAUUAGAUCUUUCUAAUAACAAAAUUCGUGGAAGCAUUCCCCAAGCAUUUCAUGAGAAGCUCUUGUACUCUUGGAAGUACAUUGAAUUUAUUGAUCUUAGUUUCAACAAGUUGCAAGGAAAUCUUCCAAUUCCACCCAAUGGCAUUGAAUACUUUUUGGUCUCGAAUAAUGAGUUGACUGGGGACAUCCCUUCCACAAUGUGCAAUGCAAGCACCCUCAAUAUGCUCAACUUGGCUCAUAACAACUUGACAGGCAAGAUUCCACAAUGCCUAGGAGCAUUUCCUUAUCUUUCUGUGUUGGAUUUGCAAAUGAACAACCUUUAUGGAAACAUACCUAGGAAAUUUUCUAAGGAAAAUGCAUUUGUGACUAUAAAGUUGAAUGGAAACCACUUGAAGGGACCACUACCACAAUCUUUGGCUCAUUGCACAAAUCUCCAAGUGUUAGACCUUGGAAACAACAACAUAGAGGAUACAUUUCCCCAUUGGCUAGAAACUCUACAACAGUUACAGGUACUCAGUUUGCGGUCAAAUAAAUUCCAUGGUAUCAUCGCUUCUUUGGGUAGCAGACAACCAUUUCACAGCUUGAGAAUUUUUGAUGUCUCAAAUAAUAGUUUUCACGGGCCCUUGCCAACAUCUUACAUCAAGAACUUUCAAGGAAUGAUGCAUGUGAAUGACAACCAAACUGGGUCGAUAUAUAUGGGAACCGAUAGUUUAUAUAAUGAGUCUAUAAUGGUUGUAAUGAAAGGUCUAGACUUUGAGCUCGACAGGAUAUUAAUUACUUUCACAACUAUUGAUUUAUCAAAUAACAUGUUUGAAGGGGAAAUUCCAAAAUUCAUUGGAGAAUUGCAUUCUCUUAAAGGGCUUAAUCUUUCGCACAAUGCAAUCAGUGGUACCAUUCCUCAACCUUUGAGUUAUUUGAGAAAUUUGGAAUGGUUGGACCUCUCGUGCAACCAAUUGACAGGAGAGAUUCCCAUGGAUUUGACAAAUUUGAAUUUCUUGGCAGUCUUGAACCUUUCACAAAACCAGUUUGAGGGCAUCAUACCUACAGGUGGACAGUUUAAUACAUUUGAAAAUGAUUCGUAUGUUGGAAAUCCAAUGCUAUGUGGAUUCCCUUUGUCAAAAUCAUGCAAUGAGGAUGGAGAAUGGAAGCCACAUUCUACAUUUCACAAUGAAGAAUUUGGAUUUGGAUGGAAAGUUGUGGUUGUGGGAUAUGCAAUUGGGAUGCUAUUUGGAAUGCUCUUGGGCUAUUUCAUGUUCUUGACCGGGAAACCCCAAUGGCUGGCGAGACUUGUUGAAGGUUUGCUAUAUGUAAGAGUGAAAAGAACAAACAACACAAAUUAUGUAAAUCGAGGAAUGAAUUAGUUUAAUAAGCUUUUGUUUUCAAGUAAAUAGUUUUCUGUAAUUCUAAAGUAAUGUAAUAUUAUCUCUCU